AAAAAAAACAAAAGAACAAACAAAAGGUAAGGCAUCCUUAGCAUUACAAAGUAGUUGAAAUUUUAAAGGGAAGAAAAAAGAAGGAAAAUAUCCUCCGCCAUUACCGUCUCCCACAUUCAUUCAUCCUCAGCAUUCAUGUUAAUCUCCGACUCAUCCUCCUCGCUAUUAAUCAUCAUUCAAUUCAAAUUGAUUAACAAUUUCUGUUACAAUUCACGAACCUUGCAUUUCAAUCGUCACCAGUUUCAACUUAAAUUGUAAUUAGCUAAUCUUGUGUUUGCAUUACAAUUCAAGAGAUCCCACAUCGAACUAGGAUCAAACUACUAUUUCACCUUCAAUUAAAUCCCACCAUCUUCUCCCUAACUUUAAAAGCCUCCAUUUACAAAUUAAUUUCCUCCCAAAACAUUAAUAAUUUCUUAAAGAAUGUCGGUUACGCUUACUUUGGGAAAAUGGUUAUUGAUAGUCCAACUCUCAUCUCUUAAUCCUAUCCUAACUCUAUUUAACAUAGUUAGUUGCGUCCUAAGGAUAAUAUGAUCGUGAGCUGCAAACAGGUGCUAUUCUUGGGAUUAUUUCAUUUUUCUGGUGUUCUAGAGGGUUCAAGUCCCUACAAAGGGAACUAUCAACUCAAUUCUACUGGAGGAACUAAGAUCUACAUCAACCUAGACAUCCCUGAAGUACAACAUUUCAAGAAAGACAUGGUUGAUGUGCCGCUACAAGCAAUAGUCCGGAUAGAAGUCACCCAACCAGAGAGUUUAGAGGAGGCGAUGACCAAGAAUCGUAAAACAAUCAAAGAACUACAACACCUAUACAUGGAAGAAGAAGAAGAAAAUAAGGAUUUCAAAGACACUUACACUUGUGUGGCACAAAUUUCAUUCAUCCACGACCAAGAGUAUGGCUGGAUGUACACUUCAUGUAACAAUUGCAAAUCAAGGGUAGAUGCGAAUCAAUACUACAACAAAAUGUCAAGUCGUCCCAGAAUUCCCAAUCGACAGGUACCGAAUCAUUUCCACAAUUGAUGACGGAAACGCAACGAUGACUGUGGGGAUUUUUGACAAAGACGUGGAAAAAAUUAUUGGCAAACCAAUAACAUCAAUGAUGAAGAUUUAUGACCAGGAAAAUGGAGCAGAGAAGAUCUCAAAGGAGCUGCAACAAUGCAUUGGGAAGACAUAUACGCUCAAGCUCAAAGUCAACAAGAAAGGAUACAUACAAGAGCUGAGAUACUAAAAGAAAUAAAAAAGGAGGGCCAGUCAAACAAAAAAUACAAAAUCAAUAGUUAUACAACAACACCAUCACAACAACAAAGGAUAUACCCACAACAAGCACAACCCCAACUACAAACCAAGACCCAACCCAGCUAACGGACGACGGACCAAACUCCUGAAAUAUGAGCCAACUUGGUCUUGUGCAUUACAUGGGUUCUUCCUAUAAAGGGGAUACUACUCCGUACUUUUUUAUAUUUUAAAACAAUGUUAAGAGGUGUACAUUUAUGUGUUUUGUGUUCUGUUUUUCCCUUUUGGGAUAUUGAUCUGUAAAGAAAACAAAGAAAUAAAAUAACAGUUGACACUUUCAAUCAAAAAGAUUGCAGUUCCAUAGAA